AUGAGAUGCAGACCAAACAAACGAACAAAUAAGAAUACAAAUUCCACCGUCUCAUCGAGCCAGGACAGCGAAUUUCACAAAAGAGAGCACGCCGACCUGCUGAGCCAGGGAACCCAAGACAGCCAGCGGGCAAGGAACCUCGUGGACCUCACGCUGCUGCUAUUUUCGUCUCGAGAGGCCCAGUCAAGAUUCGGGGUCGCUGACGGGGAUAAACAUUUCGAAAGUACCAAAAAGAAGGUUCGAUUAAGUGGAUAUGGUGUGGAGCUUGCCAUCAAGAGCACUGAAUACAAAGCACAAGAUGACACCAAAGUGCAAGAUGACGGAGGCCGGCAGGAGGAAGAUGAUGAACAGGAGGUGGAGGUUGAGGGUUUCCUCUUCUCAAAGCUAGAGUCACUGCACCCAGAGAAAAUGGAUGAACUAGAACAGCUUCGCAAUCACCUGGUGGAGUCCCGGCAUGAAAUGGCACCCAUGAAGGUUUGGCAGCUGCAACAUCUGAGUAUGCAAGCUGCUCAGCGUAUUAUGACAACACCGAAGGGAGAGCAGUUGAGCGUCUUUGUGCACACGGCUCAGAAUUUCCCUAUGCUGGCACGGUCUUUAGUGAGAACAAAGGUUGAUGACAAGAUGAAAAGAGAGAUCUUGAAGAACCAGAAUCAGCUGAGUGCACAGAUGGAUGUCAACCCCUCUGAUGCUGCUCUCUUUAUUAAUGGGAUGUAUUUCGAUAUGGAUUUCACCGAUAUCUACACACUUCUUGACCACAUCCGCACAGAAGACCGGGUUAUGGGAGGUCUUUAUAAAUUGGGUGUUCCAGGAGAUUCACUUAGUACACUGUUGAACAUUGAUCUCAGUGAAAGUAAGCAAGAUUACGGUAUUGACAUCCGUGAUACUGCUAUUGUUUGGAUGAAUGACAUUGAGAAUGACAGAGCUUAUAGCAAGUGGUCAUCAUCAGUUGGAGAACUGUUGAGGCCAACAUAUCCUGGCAUGUUACGCAGUAUCAGGAAGAAUUUCCAUAACUUGGUUAUUGUUGCGGAACCAGAGAAGGCAUCAACAGCUGACCUUAUAAGGCUGGUUGAAGGUUUCCUAACCCACAAUGCUCCUGUCCGCAUUGGUAUAGUGAUGUCUGUUAACCCUGACCAAACUCUAAGGGGUUAUGAUGAUGCUGGAGUGGCCAUGCUGUGUGCCUUCAAUUAUGUGGCUCAAAACUUGGAAGGCCGUGAGGAUGCAAACUACAAAGCACUUCAGUUCUUGGUUGAUGUGUACUCCAAUGUCCAAGGUGACAUAACGGUAGAUGAUGUAACAUCCCAUUUCAAGAGCAAAUACCGAAGUGUCGAUCUUGAGGAUGUAUUUGGAGAGGAUUCAGAUUAUGAUGUUGGCCGUAUGCUAGCUCAAGAGUUUGUUGAGAAAGCUGGUAUCACAAGUCUGCCUCAGGCUUUGAUGAAUGGUGUUCCUCUACCUGAGAAACAUUUGAAUGCAGAUGAAUUUGAAGAAGUUGUAUUGAUGGAUGUUAUGAGGACAACACAGACUUUGCAGCGAGCAGUUUAUAAAGGACAACUGGAAGAUAAACACGAUGUUGUGGACUGGCUGAUGAGCCUGCCAAACAUCAUGCCAAGGCUGAAUGAAAGAAUCCUAAGUACAAAGAACUCUAAAUUCAUUGACCUGACUGGUUCAUCUGGAGAGACACUUAACAGUGUGUCUGUAGAGUCUUUUGCAACACAGAAAGCACCAGAGAUGACAGCUACUCUGGCCAACUCUUGCCGAUACAUCACCACAAAGAAUGACCACACCUUGCGACCUUUGACUGUGUGGAUUGUCGGAGAUUUUGACACAUAUGAGGGUCGAGCAAUACUUCUAGAAGGUGUAAAGUACUUGCGGGAGAGCAACAGCAUCCGUAUUUGUGCAAUACACAAUGCAGAUCUCUCUAGUGAAAGUCCUAAAUUAUUUAGCCGAGCAGUAGAAGUAGCUCAAACGACUAUGCCUCCAGCUGUUGCAAGGCAGUUCUUGGCAAAGGUUCUUGAGAAAGAUAAUGCCAAGAAGAUCAUUGCUGGAACAAAGAAGUGGAAAGACUUUGAAAUUGCUGGUUUAGAUAUAGAUGCCUUCACAUCACGCAUGGAUUCAUUCAAGGAUUCAGUAUUUAAGGCUCACUCGGUAUUUUGCAAAAAGGUAUUGGCUCUUUCACCUGGACAAAGGACUGUUGUUGCCAAUGGUAGACAUCUAGGAACAUUCAAGGCAACAGAAAAGUUUGUUAUGGAAGAUUUUGGCCUUCUAGAGAAAUAUGUUCAUUCCACGUUUGGAGAGAAGCUUACAGAAGUGUUGGUUGGUGAAGAUCCGCCUGCGAAUGGUGAUAUCAGCGACUUGACAAUGAAGGUGGCUGGUGUGCUCCAGACCAAGCCUCAGUCCAAGGGCCGCACAACUGUCAACCUUCGCUCUGAUCAAUAUUCUGUUGUUAAAAUUCCUGCAAGAAACCCUAACAUGCCCGUGUUUGAUAUUGUUGCGAUAUGUGAUCCAGUGUCAAGUGCUGCACAGAAGAUUGGUCCAAUCCUGAUGGUACUCCAGGAAAUUGUGAAUGCUGAAAUUCGUGUUGUCCUGAAUGCAAGGGAGAAGCAUUCAGAAAUGCCACUUCGGAGAUUUUACCGUUAUGUACUGGAACCUGAGCCACAGUUCACAGAUGCAGGCGACAUGACUGCUGGACCCUAUGCCCGAUUUACUGGUUUGCCAGAAUCAUCCAUUUUGACUCUGAAUUAUCAUGCACCAGAAAACUGGUUGGUAGAAGUUGUAAAAUCAGUGUAUGACCUGGACAACAUCAAGCUCGAUUUAGUAGAGACAGGAGUUCACAGUGAGUUUGAGUUAGAACACUUGUUGCUGGAGGGUCACUGUUUUGAGCAGUCCUCUGGAAAUCCACCAAGAGGGCUUCAGUUCACACUGGGUAACAGGCAACAGCCAGUUUUGGUUGACACCAUAGUUAUGGCAAACUUGGGAUACUUCCAACUAAAGGCUAAUCCAGGAGCCUGGUUAUUGAGGCUACGACAAGGAAGAUCUGCUGAUAUAUACAAUAUUGCAAGCCACGAAGGCACAGACACCCCAGUUGGUUCAGAGGAUGUGGAGAUUAUUAUCAGUAGCUUCCGUUCACACGUUGUCAAAGUACGUGUAGGAAAGCAACCUGGAAAGCAGCACCUGGAACUCCUUGCAGAUGAAAAUGAAGAAUCAGGAGGACUCUGGAACUCCAUCACCAGGUAGGUGAUUUUAUCUUCC